ACGAGACGCAUAUUGAGGCCUGCGAGUGCCUGCAAGCUCCCGCCGUGGACAUGUUCUUCAUGCACACGCACCUCCAUCCUCCCCCGAUUACAACCGCAGCGACAACAGCAACGACACCUGCAUAAGGUACCUGUGUUGGGAUUCGAGGAGGCUUUCACGGUGGAGGGCGUGCGUGGUUUGUUCGCUGCGAAAGGAUACAAAUUGGCAUGGACAGAAUACCAAGCGCACAUCAUCCAGAAGCUCAAUGACCUCGUCGCCGGCGAACCCAUCGAAAACCUCACUACCAAAGACCUCAUAUUAUCAUUCGCACGAGAUCCUAUGAAUGCCGCCGUCUUCAACCACGCAAGCAUGGCAUUCAACAACCAUUUUUUUUUCGGCGCUCUCUCCACCCAGCCCAUCCCUCUGACUAAGGCGCCCCAGAUGGUGGAGAGCUUAGUCAAGACUUUUGGCAGCAUCGACACUCUGCGCGCAACCAUGAUCGAUACCGCCGCGAGUAUGUUCGGUCCAGGAUUUGUGUGGCUGGUUUGGGCACGAAAGGUGGAUGCCGCAGGAAGGUUGAGCAGCAGGAGCGGGCAGUGGCGCAUUUUGAACACAUACUUGGCUGGAACCCCGUUUCCAGAAGCAGGAUACAGGCAGCAAGGCGUGGACAUGAACACCAACAACCCAUACUCGUAUCAGAGAUACUUGAACGCUCAAUCGCAAAUCCCCGCGAACACAGCCGGCGCAUUUGGCCCACACAGCCAGCAAGGCAGAGGCCAGGCCAAGAUUCCGCCAGGAGGCACGAGCCUUGUGCCGGUGCUCUGUGUGAACACUUGGGAGCAUGUGUACAUGUAUGACUAUGGUGUGGCGGGAAAGAGGAAGUUCUUGGAGGACUGGUGGGCUGCGGUGGACUGGGGUAUUGUGCAGGAGCGUGCGCCAGCGGAAGCGAGGACAACUGUAUCCUUCGAGAGGGCCUACUAGUGGCUGAUGGCGGAAGCAUGGAGACACACGAAGAGAGAGGAGGCAUGAGAGCUGAUCUAUGACAAAGCUGUAGCAAGCUUUUACAUCUCGUCACGGCGCUCAGAGACCUACGUCACGGCGAUUCGUCUACAGGUGGUCGCCUGCGCGGUCGCCGUCAUUGCCCGAAACGAGGCGCAACACAGCAUUGAAGCGUUGCUUACAUCAAUAAGAAGGGAUGCAGCGCGGUCACUGCCGAGGCGCGAGAACGAUGUACAGUAUAGAAAUGUAUCAAAAAGCAUCACAGCGUCG